AUGAUAUCUGCCCGGUCACGCCUUUUGGUUCGGACACUUGCGCGGCAUGCAAAGCAGAACUCUGCGUGGUCCAAACGAUACAGCAGCUCUUCAGCCACAACGAUUGCCAGCGCCGAUAGACGGCCAAUCAAAACACAUCGUGAAGCAGCCUUUGCAACACUCGGAGUGCAGGCAUACCCGCGAUACACAGCGGUUGAAGCGGGCAUAUCCGUAGUCAGUGCGCAGCAGGUGCACGAGCGGUGGGACGUAGUCCUGGCAGACGGGGAGAAGGAUGAGUCGGUGCGGGGGCGGAUCCGCAGCAAGCGCGAAGCCGGGCGACGGCUGGUGUUUUACGACAUUGAGCAAGAGGGCGGGCGACACGUCGUACAGGCAGUCGUGUCGGAGCAAAGAUGCAAAAACAAAGAAUCCUCAGUGUCAUUUUCUGACUCUAACCGCAUUUUGCUUGCCGGCGACAUUGUGCGGGUGUCGGGGUUUGUCGGCAAGACCCGGCUUGGCGAGACAAGCGUGUUUGCCACGUGCAAUCCCGAGCUGCUGGCGCCGUGCCUGCACACAAUCCCAACACGGUCGAGGCUGGAGGACACGCAGAAGCGAUUCCGCAACCGGCAUCUUGAUCUGCUUGUCAACCCACACGCGCGCAAGGCGCUAGAGACGCGUGCACGGGUUUUGCGCUUUAUACGAGGAUUUCUCGAUUCGCGCGGAUUUGUUGAGGUCGAGACACCCGUUCUGUCAGCUAAUGUCGGUGGAGCAGCGGCGCGGCCAUUUGUGACUCGAGCAGUGGCACUGGGCGAUAACACACCGUUGUUUCUGCGCAUAGCGCCAGAGCUAUAUCUUAAGCAGCUGGUUGUCGGCGGAUUUGACCGCGUGUACGAGCUCGGCAAGCAGUUCCGCAACGAGGGCAUUGACGCCGACCACAAUCCUGAGUUCACAACAUGCGAGUUUUACCAGGCGUACGCGACGGUUGAAGAUCUGAUGACGAUGACCGAAGACGUGCUGCGCGAGAUGAGCAUGGAGGUGACUGGAUCUCCAAAGGUCAAUGUAGGUCGAGACGACGGAUCUGGUUUUGAACUUGAUUUUAGCCAGCCGUUCCGCCGCAUCCAUGUGACGGACACACUGUAUGAAAUGAUCCCCGAGCUUCCGAACGAUCUCGAUAGCCCUGCUGCACUCGCCAAACUUGUCGAGAUUGCCUCUAAGCGUGGCAUUGCAGCGCCCCGCCCGCACACUGUGCCGCGGUUGCUCGACCGGUUCAUCGGGCAUAUUAUCGAGCCACAAUGCGAACAACCGACAUUUCUCACUGGCCACCCGGGCGUCAUGAGCCCGCUGGCCAAAAGUGCCGACGCAGCUGGGCGCACAUCGGCGCGCUUCGAGCUGUUUGCGAAUGGCCGCGAACUGGUCAAUGCAUACGAAGAGCUCAACGAUCCGAACGAGCAGCGGCGCAAGUUUGCAGCGCAGGCACGCGAGCGGAACGACUUGGGAGAUGAGGAGGUGCCUGCACCCGAUGCUGCAUUUUGCGACGCGCUCGAGUUUGGGUUGCCGCCAACUGGAGGAUGGGGCAUGGGCGUUGAUCGCGUGGUAGCGCUGCUGGCGGGCGUGAGGCAUCUGCGUGAAACUGUGUCGUUCGCAUUGCUAAAGCCAGGGAAACAAUAA